GUGUGGUUUCAAAACAGGAGAGCGAAAUGGAGGAAGACCGAGAAGACAUGGGGAAAGAGCACUAUAAUGGCAGAAUACGGCCUAUAUGGCGCUAUGGUACGACAUUCACUUCCACUGCCCGAUACAAUCACGAAAACUGCAGAAGCUGCUGAUCCCCAACAAAGCGCAGCGCCAUGGCUACUCGGUGAGUACAUGAGUGAAUUGAUCGCGUUUACUAGUACUGCCUAG